AUGGAGCCAAAUCAGAAGAAGAAGUUUGUUUGCAAGUUCUGCAACAAGAGGUACCCCUGUGGGAAGUCGUUGGGAGGCCAUAUCAGGAUCCAUCAGAAUUCCAAUUAUUCAACUGAUGAUGUCGAUGAUGAAGCAAAAGCUGGAGGUUACAUUCUUAGGGAGAACCCAAAGAAAACCAGAAGGUUUGAAGGUAAUGUCAAUAAUCCUGGCUUGUCACUCCAGGAUAAGAUUUGCAAAGAAUGUGGUAAAGGUUUUCAAUCUCUCAAGGCAUUGUGUGGUCACAUGGCUUGUCACUCAAGGAACUAUAACUACGACGAUCAGUCUGAUACGAGCGACAAGCUUAAGGAUUUAGUGAUGGAUUAUCAGUCUGAUACUGAGACUUCAACUCCAAGCAAGAGAAGGAGAUCCAAAAGAAUGAUGAGGUACAAAAAUGUUGGUCUGUAUAAUUCUUCGAAUGGCUCCGGUUCUUUCUCAUCCAUGGCCUCUGGUCUAGAGCAAGAGCAAGAAGAAGUAGCUAGGUGUUUGAUGAUGUUGUCAAAGGACUCUGGCAUUAAAGGUUGUUUGAGCUAUGUUGGUGAUUCUUCUGACAAUAACUCAGUGGUUUUGGAAGCCAAGUCUUCUUGCCUUACUAAGAUGAGGAUCAGGGUGAAGAGCAACAAUAACAAUAACGGUUCGAGUUGCUAUGACGAAGAUGAUGAUGGAGGCGGUGAUGAUGACGACGACAAUAGCUUUAUGGAUAUGAAGAUAGCUAGAAAGAAGAAGCAACAUCAACCAAGGCAGGUUGUGAUUUCUUCUGAGAAUGAUGAUGAUGGUGGUGGAUAUGAUUCUACGAAUUCUGAUUCCGACUACUUCAAUUAUGGUCCUAAGAAGGUUGUUGAAUCGGAGGUAGUUUCCUUUCAUGGUUCCACUGCAAGGUUUGGUAGAAUUCAUUCAGGGUUUGAUGAGAGCUAUGAUGAUGGGAAAGGGAAGAGAAUCAGUGGGUUAGGAGUGAAGGAAAUGGUCGAGCAAGAUGGGACAAUAUAUGAUUCGAGGAAAAAAAGCUCAACCAAAAUUGUUGGAUCUUCUAGUGCAAUGGCACUUCAACAACAAAGGAGAAGCAACAUUCAUCACAAGAGAGGCAGAGAUGACAGUUUGUAUGAGAGUGGAGAGAACAGCUUUGAGAAUGAGACCAUUCCUAGUGGUAAGAAGGUGAUUAAGUCAAGCAACGGUGGAGGAAAGAACCCUCUAGGAAAGAGCAGCAAGUUCUUAUCCUCGGCAGCAGCGGCUAAAAAGGUCAAAACCCAUGAGUGUCCAUUUUGCUCAAAGGUGUUCAAGUCAGGUCAAGCCUUGGGAGGGCACAAGAGGUCCCAUUUUGUUGGAGCAGCUGAUGAUGCAACUGUGGUUAUCAAGCAGCAAGUUGGACUCAUUGAUCUUAACCUUCCAGCCCCUGUGGAAGAAGAACAGCACCAUCAUCAACAACAAGCUAAUAAUGGGUUUGUGACAUGGUAA